CCGCGGGCCGCGACCUGCGCGUCCGCGCGCAUCUGUCAUGUCUUUCCCGACGUUCUUCCCGUCGUCAGCGCCGCCUUCCGACGUUGACUACCCGUGUGCCAAGAGCGCGCACUGCAUAUAAGCAUGGCUGGCGAGGCUCCGGUAGCUUACUUCUUUCCUCCUCCACUCUUCACUCCACCCUCGUCGUGCCUCUCUUUCGUUCUGCCUACCUCUCCUUCCCCAUGAUGCUGUCAUCAGCUUUUGUACUUGCUUCCCUCGCAGCGAGCGCGCUGGCCGCACACGCUGCGGCCAACUCUGCUCGUAUGGCGCGGGAUGUGUUCCCUCGCCGGCUGCCCUUCAAGGGUCCGGGUGCUCAGAAUACUCCCUCCCUCUCCCGCCGCGUCAUCGAGCCCACCACCUGGGACCCACCCGCCAACCUCACGCAACCGCUGGAGGAGGUUUGGCAGCACGAGAUGGAGACCUACUCCGACCCGCUCGGCUUCAAGAACUACGGCUUCGAUCAAGUCAUCGCCAACAACGGCAAAAUCAACUACUGUGUCCGCUGGGAGUCCUCCAAGACCUCCACCGAGGCCGACCGCGCGACGAUCGCCGAGGCCCUCCAGCGCUUCGUCGGCAAGUGGAUGGAGUGGCUCUAUGGCUACGACUCCUUCCCGUACUCCUCCGUCCCCGUCUCCGUCGUCGGCUGGGCCGUCAGCGACCCCAACCUCCUCGAGGGCGACACGUCGGGCUUAGAGGUGUACACGGACGUGGACGCGGAUGGGAUCCCGCAGUGCGCGGAGGCGUGCGGCCGGUUCUUCCAUCAGGAUAACGAUUAUUCGGGGUGUGCGGCGGGGGCGGACAAGCAUUAUGACAUGUCCCUCUGGCUCACGGACGGCAUGGGCGAGACCGGCGCGGGCGGCGACUGGGGCCAGCGCGUCGGCUCAGAGUACUUCCUGGAGACGAUGAACGAGGAGAACGUGCAUAUUGUGCUGCAUGAGUUGGGCCACACCUUUGCGCUCGAUGACUUCUACGACUGGACGCCCACCGGCAUCACCAACUUUAUCAUGCUUGCCGGAAGCUCGACGGUGAUUACUGACUUUGACGGUUGGAUGCUCCGCGACUGGUGGACGAACCUGAAGGACCGCUAUGAUCUCAGCGCGGCAGCCGCAGCGGUGAACGCAACUGCGGCUUGAGUGUCCGUCUUGCUGUAGGGCGAGUCGCUGGCGG